UAUAGUAUUGGUAUGCUUAUGUGGGAAAUCUCAUCCGGACAACCACCUUUUGUCUAUAAACAUAAUUAUGACCUUGCGCUAAAAAUAAUAAAUGGAAUGAGGCCAAGAAUAAUACCAGGAACUCCUUUAAAAUAUAAAGAACUAAUGGAACAAUGUUGGGAUGCUGACCUAACAAAAAGACCUGAUAUCGAUGCUCUUUGUGAUGAAAUAGAAUCUUUAUAUAGAUCAUAUCUCAAUAAUGAAAAUGAUGAACAACAGACAAAUAACAUUACAAGCAUAGAUAACUUUCAAUUAAAUACAAAUUUUAGUAUUAAUUCUACUAACUCUAUUAACUCUAUUUUAAGAAAUUCUAGUAGUAGAGUUUAUUAUUUUAAAGAUUUGCCUGAACCAAGAAAUGCAACUAAAGGUAAAAAAAUUUUAUUUAUCAAGAUUGGUUAACAUCAUAAUAACUGGUCAUCUAUAUUUUUAUCUAAUAGAAGAACAAGAAGGUAAUCAU